AUGUAUUCCAAGUAUGAUUUUAUUAAGGAUCUUAAUCCUUCUAAGGAGGAAUGGAGGAUUAAGGCUAGAGUUGUUAGAACAUGGAAGGUUCCUAAUUUUCAGCAAAAAAAUUUGGACGACAACGUAGAGAUGAUUCUGUUAGAUGAAAAUGGUGGAAGGGUCCACGCUGCUAUCAAGGGUUCUUUAAAUAUCCGUAACAAAAUUCACGAAGGAGAAGUUUAUUUCAUAAAAAUUUUUGGAGUUGGUUUGAAUAGUGGGGGUUUCAGGCCAACUAAGCAUGAUUAUCGUUUGUCCUUCAACUUGAGGACUGAUGUAAAAUCCACUAUUGAUUCUGCUAUUCCCACCAAUGGAUUUGAUUUUGUAGAUUUUGACGUUAUAGAGAAAGAGUCUUCUGAUUCCCCUUAUUUAGUAGAUGUCAUCGGUUUAGUUUCUGGAAUGGGGGAAUUUUGUGAGCAUAUUAUCUCCGGUAGGAAGACAAAAAUGGUUGUCGUGGAGCUUGAUAACCUCAGGCUUUCGUCUGAUGUCAUUGAUAGCGGUUACACGUUGUCUCAGUUAUCAAGUCAGUCCUUAUAUUCUUUUGAGAAUGAUUUCCUGAAAGAGACGGAAAGGAAGUGUAUCAGUGAUUUUAAGAAUUGCAGUGAGGUUACUACUUGCAUUACUUAUGGAACCAUAAAAUCGAUUGAGAGCAAAUAUAAAUGGUGGUACAAGUCCUGUAAUAAAUGUCCAUAUUCUGUUUAUGAAGAUUUCAAGAAAUGGUAUUGUAAAAACUGCCAAAAACAUUUUGAUGAUUAUUAUCCAAAAUUUUGUGUGCAGUUGAGAGUUGUGGAUCACACUGAUUCUGCAUCUUUCAUUCUGUUUGAUAAAGACUGUGUUGCUUUGUUGGGCAUGAGUACUGCAGAUUUACGUGAGCAGCAUUUCAAAAGGGGUGAUGAUUUCGAGCACUAUCCUAAGGAACUUAAUGUUCUUAUUGAUAAAUCCAUGUUGUUUAAAGUUGUGUUUUAA